CUGACCCAGCUUUCCACAGAUGCUUGAAGAGACGUGUCCCUCCGGUGUCCCUAGGAGUGGCGUCACAACUAUCUGCAUCUAGGCCGACUGACUCUGUCUGUGGGUGGUGGGAGAUCUCCAGCAUCAGGAUAUCACCAUCGUGAAUCAUCUAGUUUUGCCGCCUGUCCCCACCUGGCUUCUUUCCUCCUGAAGAGGAGCAGUUUCGAGGAGGAUGCAGUCCCCCCUCCACUUCUGGCCAACAUCCUUCUGGCCAUGGGCCAUUCUCUACCUGGUCUUCAGGGUUGCUGUCAUCUCCUGUGAUCUGGCCUGUUACAACAUCGCCCCAUCCAACAUCGAUUUUGCGUUCAAGCUGUACCAGCAGUUGACUUCCAAAUCACCGGACCACAACAUCCUAUACUCGCCUGUGGGCGUCUCGUCCACGUUGGCGACCCUCUCCCUCGGGGCCCGAUCUGACACCCAGACACAGAUCUGGGAGAGCCUGCAAUUCCAACUCACAGAGUUGUCACAGGAUGAGAUCCUCGAGGGCUGCCAGUGCAUACAAACUGCCCUCAACACCCCUGGUGCAUUGCCACCCACAAAGAUAGGAAGUGCUCUGUUUGUUUCCCCCGGUGCAUUGCCACCACCAGUUUUCACAGACAAGGCUGCUGAUGUGUUUGGAUCUGAAAUCAUCUAUGCGGAUUUCCAGGAUCCAGCAGGGGCAAAGUUUCAAAUAAACAACUAUGGCGAGGAACAGACCUUUGGCAGGAUCGAGGAUGUGACCCCUGCGCUGAACACGAACACCUUGCAGGUCCUCAUGAGCACCUCACGCAUUGAAGGUGACAGCCCCCCUCUGGAUGAGCCCUGGCCCUAUCUGGGUUCUGUCGGGGGCCAGUGGGACUUCCCCUUUGAUGUCAAUCAGACCAUAGAGGAGAUGGACUUCUUCGUGGAUGACAGGAGGGUCGUCAAGGUCCCUGCCAUGUACCAGAAGGGUCAGUUUGACAUCUACCGUGAUGAGGGAGUGGCUUGCACUCUGAUCAAUAAGAAAUUCUUCAACACAUCCGGAAUGUAUUUCAUCCUUCCCGACAAAGGGAAGAUGCAGCAAGUGGAAGAAGCUAUGAGUGGAGCACUCCUUCUCAAAUGGAUGGACAACAACGUUCUGAGUGAUGCGGAGCUGUACAUCCCCAAGUUCUCUCUGUCAACCAACUACAAGCUGGAAAAGAUCCUCCCUAACUUGGGGAUCGAGGACCUCUUCACCCAGCAGGCCAACCUCUCUGGUCUCACCAACCAGUCAGGUGUGGCCGUCUCCAAGGCAGCCAUGUCAUCUCUGUCCAGCCUGGCCUACUUGUCCCUCCCAUUCCUGUUGAUCCCUUUUGCUGAUUGGCCACGCUGGGAAUGCCAAGCAGGUCUGAUGUGACAGAGGGAAGGGCACAGAUGGGACUAGAGGAGUUGCCUCAUGCCCUGUCUCUCUCUUUCCCCCCCUUUCUCUCUCUCUCUCUCUCUCUCUCUCUCUCUCUCUCUCUCUCUAUCUAUCUAUCUCUGUCUCUCUCUAUAUAUAUCACACUAAAUCCUAAAUGAGCAUGAGUAUUGGUGGACACCACCGGGCAGAGGCCCAGGUGACCCCGGGGUGGGUUGACUGACAUCUCCACAGGCAUGGCAGUGCAUGUGUGUCCUCUGACCCAAAAAUGACUCCAUAGCUCUCCCCACAUGGUGCCUAUGAAUAUGGAUGAAACAGAGCCUUUCUCAUACUCUAUUUUCCUCCAACAUUUCAUGAUUUUUCUCUGCCACUUGCAUUCUUGAUUUCACAUUUGCCUCUCAAUCUUCCGAGGUGCACUAAAGGCAGAGCACCUGGCUGGCAAAAGCCAUCCCCCACUGUCCCCCCACCUCCCCACCUACAGUGUGGGUCUGUAGUUUAGUGGUUAGUUCGUGGGACUUGUACAUGAUGGUCACCAUUCAAAGUUUGGGGGGUUCGAGUCUCACCCGCAUUGCCUUUCCCUCUAGACUGUAAACUCACUGUGGGCAGGGAAUGUUUGUCAUAUUGUACUCUUCCAAGUAUUUAGUCCAGUGCUGUAUACCCAUUAAGGGAUCAGUGAAUAGGAAUGGCUGACUGACUGAUAGCAUAGGACAAAUAUUGGAAAUUUCCUCCACUUGACCAGCUGAUCUCGGUGGUGGGG